AAAAAAUCAAGUCAGUGCAAAAAUUGCAAACGCAACUCAAUUUUUUUUUUGAAUUCAUGAACUUUGAUGUGAGGGUGAAUAAUGUUAUACAGUUGGGUCACGCAUUUUGUCAAGCACAUAGCGCUCGAGUAAAUCAGGCCAUAUUGCAAGAGACAUAUAUAAUAAGCCACCAAAAUCCAAAACUCAUCAUACAAAGGACUGAGUUGGAAUUUUUUCAUACAGCAAAAGCAGCUCACACACACUGAGCGUGGGCUUGUGGGCUCCCAUUGAGGAAUUUGGUGCUGAGCAUGAUAAAGGAUGUGAUAGAAGCUUGCAAGUUAUGGAGAAAAUGAAAAAGGUGUGCAAAAACGAGGCGAAUAAUAAUGUUGAAGUGCCCAAGCAGAAGGAGAGGCAUAUAGUAUCUUGGUCUCAAGAGGAGGAUGAUAUUCUGCGAGAGCAAAUUAGAUUACAUGGGACUGAAAAUUGGACAAUUAUUGCAUCAAAGUUUAAGGAUAAAACAACAAGACAAUGUCGAAGAAGAUGGUUCACAUACUUGAAUUCCGAUUUCAAAAAAGGAGGAUGGUCACCAGAAGAAGAUAUGCUCUUAUGCGAGGCUCAGAAGAUAUUUGGAAACAGAUGGACUGAGAUUGCAAAGGUUGUUUCAGGCAGCCUAGAUGGAUCGACUGGCGAGCAUGGCUUCUCAAGUCAUUUGCUCAGACAUUCAUUUCAAAUGCUAACUCAAAAAGUCAAAUGUUCUGCGGUUGACCUUCCAAUCGAGCCGCAAAUGGACAAAAUGACAGAGGCAUCGACUGAUGAAACUGUAAAUGACAAAGGCAAACGAACAUUUCUUAAAAAAGAUGACCCAAAGGUGCUUGCAUUAAUGCAGCAAGCAGAGCUUCUUAGCUCACUUGCCGUUAAAGUGAAUACAGAGAAAACGGAUCAGAGUCUUGAAAAUGCCUGGACUGUUCUCCAAAAUUUCUUGAAACAAAACAAAGAAAGUGAUACACCGAUAAUGAGUAGUAAUUCAGAUGCCGAUUUUCGGAUAGAGAAGUUGAAAGAGUUGGUUGAAGAAGAUUUAAGAAGCUCUAAUGAAGGAAGUGUAUCAUCUUGGAGGGAUCGUGAUGCAUAUGAUUCUUCCCCAGCUAGCUCUGAACACAGUUCCGAAUCAACUUUUCUGUGUAAUGUGGAGUGUGAUCAUCAAGAAACCGAGCCUGAAAAUGAACAUAAUUUUCUUGAUGAAGAAAAUGAGAUAUUUCGUUCAGCAAACCGAAAUGAAGAAUUCAAUUCCCCUGUUCGUGUGACACCUUUUUUCCGAGCAUUGGCAGCCGCAAUUCCCAGCCCGAAAUUCUCAGAAAGCGAAAAGCAUUUUCUGAUGAAGACUUUAGGAGUGGACUCGAAUUCUCAGAGCCCUAUACGAAAUUCUUCCCAACAAUCAUCAUCUUGCAAGAGGUCCCUUCUACAUUGUCUGUGACGGGCCUUUUUCGAGUAUAAAUUUUUUUGCGGUCGAUUUUUCGGAAGUUAUAAAAGAGGAGAAUGACGAAUCUGCCCU